AUGGAGGAACUCGAGCCAUGCUACUGGUCACAAGGCUUCCAAGACGAUCUUCUAUGCCACCUUCUCAACGACGACUCCCCGUUCCUUUUCGUCACUCCGGAAAUCUCGUCCGACGCUAACUCCAUCAACAAUUUCAUAUCUAGCAUCUACUCAGGCCCGACAAUAACCGAUAUUGAAACAGCAUUAUUGGCAUCGGAUAAUACGACUCCGGAUCUUUCCUCAUUAGCCAGGAUUUCAGAAAUGGAGAGUAGGGUUGAGAACAAGUAUAUAUUGAAGAUUAAAAACAGUGGGAAUGUAAUGGCUGAUGAUGGUUAUAAAUGGAGAAAGUAUGGUCAGAAAUCUAUUAAGAACAGCUCUAACCCCAGAAGCUAUUACAAGUGCACAAACCCACGAUGUGGUGCGAAAAAGCAAGUCGAGCGAUCGAAUGAGGAUCCGGACACACUGAUCAUCACUUACGAAGGACUUCACCUUCAUUACAUGUACCCGUUAUUCGUAUUUGGUCAAUCAGAGAAUCCCGACCCGCCUACUAAAAAGUUUAGAAGGUUCAAUUUGGAAAGCCAUAAACGACCAACCGAAGAUACGGAUAAAAACGAACCAUCAACCAUGUUAAGAGAUCAUCAGAAAGAAUCCUCGGAAGUUGUAUUUUCUCCACAAGGAUUGCUUGAAGACAUGGUGCCGUUACUCAUUCGCAACCCUAUCAUCUACACCACAAAUUCAUCAAAUUCUUCUUCUUCGUCGUCGUCUCAUCAUCCGUCUCCACCGACUUCGCCUUCAUUUUCAUGGUCCCCGAAAUAUUAACUAAUCAUGCAUACUUUGAUUGUGUAAUAGAUGAUAUAUGAAUAAUUUUGCAUGAUAAACCGGGUU